GCCAGGCUGUUGAUGUGCUUCUUGAACGCCAGCGUCGCCUCUGGCACUGGAGGAGGCACCACCGCCACGCUCACAGUAAUAGGAGGGCGUGCCUCCCGACAGCCAACAGCAGCAGCAACAGCGCCCCCAACGCGGCACAACAACGAACUCAGCGUACCUUCCUCACAUGCGUGUUUCAUCAUACAACCCAGUGACACCCGACAGCAAAAGUGGCCAAGGUGGAUUCUUCAGCCUGCACGCUUGGCACGCCGUUCUGGCGCCGUCACGAGCUAUGAUGUUUCCUUCGUCCUGUUCACAAUGCGACGGCCAGAUGAAAUUGGGGGAAAGAAAAACAGAGGCAUGAUGAGGUCCUUUCAGGAGCGGCAGCGGCAGCAGCAGCACCAGUAG